AUGAAUGUGUACAGCUAUGAAGCUUAUAAAACAGAUAAUUAGAAUGAUGAAAAAGUCUUUGAUGUCAAUGAUCAGAAUAAACUAUAAUUAGAAUAUCAAAGCAUAGUCAUUAUAUUUAAUCAAUAGGUAUCAGUAAAAAAUAAAAGAUAGCCGACUUCGAAAGUAGUGUUUUCGAACAUCAGUGAUACAAAAUUUUUUUAUUUUAAUGAUGAUAUGUUUUGGUCUCUUUACUAACAUGUAGUUUUGGUUAAUUGAUUAACAUUCUGACAUUAUUGAAUUUUAUUAUUGUGGAUUUGCAAGUACUUAUUAAUGUUAAGAUGAAUGAGUUUAUUUACAAAAUGAGGGAAAUUAUCCUAAGCCAAUAACUUAAUUUUAUUAUUCACUUAUAAUUGGAUUAAUUAUGCAAAUUUGGUUAAAUAUUGGAUUAUCUUAAAUUCAAAAAGUAAAAUAAUUUCCAUUAAUUCUUAGCAACAUUUUUUAUUUAUCCUUUUAUUCCAAAUUUAUUGCUUACACUUUGGGAGUUCAUUAAUAUUCCUAUCUUGGAUUAUUGACUUUGUAAUUAUUUUUUCUACAGCCUUCUAUACAACUAAAAUGAACACUCAAGCUAAUUAUAAAAGUAAUAAUUAUUUCAUUAUUUAAGUUGAUUCAAUCUUUAUAGUUAUUCCUACUUUUCUAUUUUUAAUUAUCUAAAUUUUCAUAUACCCUGAUUCAGCUUUAUAUAUUUUUUUGGAUUGCUUUAUUGUGAUUAUUCAAAAAUAUUUCAUAAUAGCAGAAUUAAUUAGGUUCAGAAACAAAGAAGUAAUUUCUAAUAAUAUAACGAAGGAAUUUACAUCAUCAAUUCUUGAUAUCAUGAUAGGUUCAAGCUUACUCUUUGGAAGUUUCAAUUAAUGUUGCAUAAGUUUGAUUGAAUUAUAUUAAGCAUUUUCUAAAAAAUCAAUUUGA